GACAACACUCAGACUCGGGGAAUGCACCUCGGCUUCCUACGAAGUUUUCAGCCUCACAUCUUCAACCAUGUCUUCCUGAGAAGUGGAGACGACCGUACACACAUCUGUUGUGAAGUCAAACAAAGCCGACGAGAAACAUAUACGGUUUGUGUCCUACUUCAGAACAUCCACAGCCUCAACAGAACCUGUAAAUCACUGUGAUUUAAACCAGAGACCGACCACUUCACUGACUUGUAGACCUCCUAUACCACGUUCUUGCUACCAUGUCCUAGCCAACACAAGUCCAGCUCCCUUCCCUAGUCAACCUUUUCCCCCUCCCUUUCUAACUUCCUUCCCAUCACCACCCUGCCCAGUCUCCUCUCCCGAUGUGGUGAUUUCUGGUUGUAGCACGAGUGGCGCCCCUUCCGGCGUGAUGAGCAGUUUGCACCAGCAGCAACAUGGCAGCGCGGGCUCGGAGCGAGACAUCCACUCCGCCGCCUCCUCCGUCAGCCUCCCCUCGCUUAGAAAGACUCCCAAGAAGCGCCGCCUGUCCCUCCACGCGCUCUUCGGGCGGCGCCGCCGGCCCGAGCGCGACGCCAAGCGCAAGUCGAGGACGCCGCAGGCCGCGGCCGGGGCGGACGGCGUCGCCGGCGCCGAGAGCGUCCAGCCGGAGGCCGUCCAAGACAAAGCCUCGACCCCGUCUCCGGCGGACGUGGCGUCGACCUCGUCGGCGGCGGGGUCUUCGUCCGAGCUGCUGGAGUGCCCCCUGUGCCUGCUGCGCCACACGCGCGACCGCUUCCCGGACAUCAUGACCUGCCACCACCGCUCGUGCGCCGACUGCCUGCGGCAGUACCUGCGCAUCGAGAUCUCGGAGUCCCGGGUCAACAUCAGCUGCCCCGAGUGCUCGGAGCGCUUCAAUCCCCACGACAUCCAGAUGAUCCUGGGAGACCGGGCCCUCAUGGAGAAGUACGAGGAGUUCAUGCUGAGGAGGUGGCUGGUGGCCGAACCCGACUGCCGCUGGUGCCCCGCUCCCGACUGCGGAUACGCAGUCAUUGCGUUCGGCUGCGCCAGCUGCCCGAAGAUCACCUGUGGGCGCGAGGGCUGCGGGACGGAGUUCUGCUACCACUGCAAACAGCUGUGGCAUCCCAACCAGACAUGUGACACGGCGCGGCAGCAGAGGGCCCAGAGCCUGCGGCUGAGGAGCUUCAGGUCGUCCUCGCUCAGCUACAGCCAAGAGAGCGGAGCCGCAGGAGAUGACAUCAAGCCAUGCCCUCGCUGUGCCGCCUACAUCAUCAAGAUGAACGAUGGGAGCUGUAAUCACAUGACCUGCGCCGUGUGCGGCUGUGAGUUUUGUUGGCUGUGCAUGAAGGAGAUCUCUGACCUGCACUACUUAAGUCCGUCUGGCUGCACCUUUUGGGGGAAGAAGCCCUGGAGCAGGAAGAAGAAGAUUCUGUGGCAGCUCGGCACGUUGGUGGGGGCCCCCGUGGGUAUCGCCCUCAUUGCCGGCAUCGCCAUCCCCGCGAUGAUCAUUGGCAUCCCAGUUUAUGUGGGCAGAAAGAUCCACAAUCGCUACGAGGGCAAGGACAUCUCCAAACACAAGAGGAACUUGGUGAUAGCCGGAGGCGUGACGCUGUCUGUGAUCGUGUCUCCCGUGGUCGCUGCAGUCACUGUUGGAAUCGGCGUUCCCAUCAUGCUCGCUUACGUCUACGGAGUUGUCCCGAUCUCCUUGUGCCGGAGCGGCGGCUGCGGAGUGUCUGCCGGCAACGGCAAAGGGGUUCGAAUCGAGUUCGACGACGAAAAUGAGAACAUAGGGAGCGGGGUGGCAGCCACAGACACGACCUCAGUGGCGGAGACCCGGCUCAACAAUCCCAGCCUCGGAGACGGGGCGAGUGUUGGCGGGCUGACGGGCCUGAGCCUCAGUGUCAGUGGGAGCCACAUGGAGCGCUGCGGCGUGAGCUCCGCGCAGCGAGACAACAUGAGCGACAACGCCAGCACCACGGCCCUCGCUGGGACCAGCAUCACCGGCAGCCUGUCUGGAAGCUGCUACAACCGGAUGGAAGUGCAGGCUGAUGUCCAGAAGGAACGCUGCAGUCUCAGCGGAGAGUCGGCCACCGUCAGUCUGGGGACGAUCAGCGACAAUGCGAGCACAAAAGCCAUGGCCGGGUCCAUCCUCAAUGCCUACAUGCCUCUGGAGAGAGAUAACAGUCUGGAGGUGCAGGCGGACGAGUCCAAACAGGAGAAGGUGCGACACUGCAGCGGCAGCAGCAGCCUGGAUGAAGCCAGCUGUAGCAGCAGCACCGCCGACCAUAAAGGAGAUAACGGCAGCACGGGCCCUUAUUCGUGUCCUUCCACCUGCACCGGCUGCGCCCAACACGGAAACCACUGCUGCCCCUCUUCCCCUCGGUCAAAGGACCACUCCACUUCAGGGGGCAAAAAGGGCAAAGGUAAGCAGUGGAAAAGAGCCAGCAGCUGCGCGGGAGAAACAAAAAUGAACCAAACACAAGGGGAUGUGGAGCAGCGCAGCACCAACUCCUCCGAGUUCGACUCACCGUCCCUGAGCGGCAGCAUCCACUCCGUGGCCGACUCGCACUGCAGCCACUUCUCGUCGGAGCUCAGCUGCUCGGAACCCGAAACCUCGAGGCCGGCUCGCCCACACUGCUCCUCCCAGCUGGACCCCCACCUCCCCGCCGCCGCCCUCGGCGACGUCCCGCCCAUGCCCGAGGUGGAGCACGACCGCCUGGAGCACGUCCCGUCUCAGAGCGGCCACGCGGCCUUCGCCCACCGCCUGCUGUCAUCGUCGUCGCCCCCUCCCUCACCAAAAGACGGAAGCAGGGGGACCUUUCUGUACAUCAGCGAGGACGUGGUCAGCGCUGCCGAGCCGGAGAAGGAUGAGAACGUUACAGAGGCCACCAGCAACACUGCUGUGCAGCCCGUAAGCCCGAGGAGGAAGCGCUGCAUACAAACGGACAUCUAAAGAAACUCUUUACCACUACAGGCUCGGUUAGCUUUAUCAGCCAGCUCCUCAAUGUAUAUUGGGAAUCUGGUGAUGAUGAGGGUUUAAGGCGGGAAUAUUACGUUAUUCCUUCGGUUGAGGGAGGGUCGAGGUCUAAGUUGGAGAGAGAUUUGUGGAUGAAGUUAACGAGGAGCACAGUGAAGUGUUUGGUUGUGACAGGAUAAGCAGGCGAAUUCAAAGUGGGGCAACGAGGCCUAGCGUAAGUAGAGGGGAAUGUAAUUGGACAGGUGGAAAGCAGGUUCUCAGAUGUUCGUGGGAUGUUGCAGAGAUCCCGGGCCGAACCUUUUCAGCCUUUUCCCGAUGCUGGCAAAAAGCAGAACUGAUAAAGCUGGAAUUGAGCAAAGUAAAGCAAGUAAAAUGUCAGAUUGUCUUUUCGUCAGUAAAUGUAGCUGCUAUGAUUAAAAAAAAAAAACCUUUUCUCCUUCAUCAUAUCACAUCUGCAAAAACCUGGUUUUCCUCGGUUCGUUAAAGCGAACAUGGAAAUCUGAGAGGGACCAGUUCAUACAGUAGCAGAUGUUUCAUAAUCACAUAUACUAAAAAAAAAUGUCAGUGGAUGCUUUUGUUUAAAAUGUGACUCUUUGUUGUUGUUGUUUUUUUUUUGUGUUUGCCUAUUUUUAUUUUCCAUUUUGGGAAAGUCAGUUUUAAUGUUGAAGCCCUGUGUUGGGUCCAAACUUUUUAAUAUAAUCAGAUGGGAACUGUGUUGACAAAAGACAGAAUGUGUAGCCUUGCAUUAUGUAACCAGCGGCCACCUUGCAGUAAUUCUUUCUUCACAAGCCGGUCUGCACUGAUGAACAAUAUUUUUUUAUUCAUUUUACACCUGUGCAAACGCAAAAUGAUCACUGCAGUUUUUAGUCACUUGUGGAAUCAUUGUAGUCGCAUUCAAGAAAGGGAAGUUACUCCUUAUGAACGUGAAGCCUGAUUUUUAAAAUUUGGCAAUUUGUUUCUUAUAAAUUCACUAAAACUGGAAAGUCAACCAAACAAUAUUCGCAAUAAUAUAAAAAAAAUAGCUUUCAGUCACGAUACAAUAAAGUGUGAAGUCAGGAAACGAGUGAACUUUCUAUCAAAAAUUAUUUUGUUGUGCAAUGAGAAGCUUCUCUCUUGUAUCCGAGCACACACACACUUCUUAGUCAAUAUUCCGUAUUGAAUGUACAGUGAUAAUGUUAAAUAGUUGAUUCAGAGCUCUGGGUGUAUUUUAACUACGGGAUGUUUUUUCUUAAAUACUUGCACAUGAUUGAUGCAGAUGAUUUUAUAUUCGUCAAACCUAUAGUGCCUUUUUUUGUGGGAGGGGGGUAUUUCUGCGUAUGUUUUUUUUCUCUUUUUUUCCACUUUUAUUUCUUCAUUCUGUACGUCUUCAAAUGAUAAACAUAAAAAUCAUGAGAGUAUUAAUUGUGUUAUACCUUCAGCCUUCCAAAGACUGCUCUCAGUGCCACUGACUCCUGACGGAAAUAAUUCAUGACAGAUUUGACAGCACCUGUUGAAAUUCACUCAUCGUGGGGCAGUUCAUUCAAACCAAAACAUUUGUUUGGGCUGAAGACAUUUUUAAAACGUUUCCCCUGAGGUAGCCAAAGUCUCCGAACUUGUCGAGUCUGUAAAGAGAAAGACCGGCGCAUAUUGGCAAUAAAACACCUUUUAUCCAAAGUAUUCAGCAUCAGGGCUCGGUGACAGCAACCACGUCCAGUCCCUGCUGUGUGUAGCCAUCAAAGCUCGGUGCGACGUUUUGAUGCACCUUGAAAGCCUCUGGUUGCAGAAUACUCCUCUGAGUUUAUAUUAUUGUUUGAAGACCAGUGCCAGCUCUGUAUCCAAAUUUGGUAUCAAGAAGCUUGUGCUGUUUGAACAUGUAUACAUGUAUAUUUACUAAUUAUUUGCUUCAUAAUGUGCAUGUAAAUGCAUAUCCUUAAACAAUAAAACUGUCAAUUCAUUUUAUUGCA